AUGGUAUCCGCGCAAUACGGUGGCAAGCCGGUGAUGACAGUGGUGGCGACUUACGCAUGUGUAUAUAACUUACACAUGUGUUUGGAUGAGUUGGUAAAACCUCGCUUCUUUGGAGACAUAGCCAAGGGUUUAAUUCUCACCCUUUUAAUAUGGUCAGAGCAACUGGAAGGCCGUCAGCUCACUUGGAGACUCCCUCCAGCAAUCUACAGCUAUCACCUAAAGAAAAACAAAACAAAAAAGAAACAUGUGUGUUUUAUCUUUUGCAAUCGUUUUCUUUCCCUCGAUCUAUCUUUGGAUUCAUCUCUAACAUUUCUAUUUCUUGAUAAUAUUUGUGCUCCUACAAGCGAAGAGCUGAAACAGAAGAUCUAUUCUCUAUUUAGAAACAUACAACCUGCUGAUGGCGAAAAUGCUCUUUUUGAGUUUUGGGGGGCACAAAAAGCUGGGAAGGCAUAUGUACUUACUAUCACGGAUCAGCCUUUUGGUCUCUUUGGGAACAAUAAAGAGCUUCAGUUAUACCAUAAUGCCAACUUGAAAAACAAAUUAUAUGUUCAUCCGGAUAAGAAAGUAGCCUUUGGGCUUUCUGGCCAUGCGUUUCUGACUUGUACAUCUGUACAAACUCAGAACUUGCAUUAUUGGUACCCAGAAGAUGAGCGUCCUCCGAGCGAUGACGAUGCUAUUUUUUCUCGGAUAUGGGGAUCCUUUGCCGUGCCUCUGAUUGUAGAUGAGCGAUGUGUUGGUGUGCUUCAGUUUGUCAUGGAUACACCCAAGGAUUCUUAUGACAGUGAUAUUGAUAAAGUAUAUAGAGCCCUUGAGAUGGAACGCCCAAUCCAGAAAGCCAAUUUGCAGACUCCAAUCCAGAAUGAUGAACCAAAGACAAUUAAUAAAAAGAUUCGCCGAUCAAAGUCAUUUAAGUAUACCAAGUACUCUUGUCUUGUUCCACAUUUCGGACUAACUAAGAACGCUGCUGCAGCCAAGCUUGGGUUAAAAAGAACUACCUUCAAGAGUGUUUGUAACAAGGUAAGGAUUUAUGAAUGGCCACGGAUACCGUGUACAAAUCCUAAAACUCGAACAAGUACAGCGGCUGCUAGAAAGACUAGUUCUUCUCAAAUCCCAGUUGCUCUGGAAGACAAGCUUGGAUGUUCUGAUGAUUCGUCCUCGUACACGAAUACGGACACUUUUGAGUUGCCACAUGAAAAAGCUACAAAUGACAGAGCACCCAUUCCAGAAACUCAAAUCGAUCAAUUUGCUGCUAGCAAGACUAGGCUUUCUCAAAUCCCUGCUGAUACUCAGGAAGAAAUAAACCACUGUCCUGAUAACUGGUCCUUUAAUAUGGACAUGGACACUUCUGAGUUGCCAUGUGAACAAACUAAACAUGCCAGAACCUCUGUUCCUGAAACUCAAAUCGAUCAAAUAGCUGAUAUCGAGACUAGGCCUUUACAAAUCUCUGUUGGUAUUCCAGAAGACAAUGGCUUUCCUGAUAACUGCUUCUCUGACAUGUACAUCGACUCUUUUGAGUUGCAAUGCGAACAAACUAUAAAUGCCAGAUUAUCUGUUCCUGAAACUCAAAUCUACCAAACAACUGCUAGUGAGACUAGGUUUUGUGAUUACCCUGUUUAUAUGCAGAACACGACCAACCUUUCUGAUAAUUGGUACGACAUGGACACGGUCACUUUUGAGCUGUCACGUGAACAAACUACAAAUGCCAGAGCACCCAUUCAUGGAGCUCAAAUCGAUCAAAUAGUUGCUAGUAAGACUAGCCCAUCUCAAAUCCCUGCUGAUACUCUGGAAGACAUAAAUUCUGAUAAUUGCUUCUCUGACAAGUACAUGGACAAUUCCACUUUUCAGUUGCUAUGUGAACAAACUAUAAAAGACAGAUUAUUUGUUCCUGAAACUCAAAUCAAUCCAACAGCUGCUAGUGAGAUUAGGCCUUUUGAAGAUCCUGUUUAUGAUCUGCAAAACACAACCAACUCAUUUGAUAAUUGGGACAUGAACAUCAUUCUUGAGGGGCUAUGUGAACAAACUACAACUACCAGAGCCUCCGUUUCAGAAGCUCAUAUCAACCAGAAUGCACCUGAUGUAACUCGGAAUAUCGAGUUUGAACAUCCAGGUGCUGAUAAAAUGAAUUAUCAAGGUAAGGUAGCUUUAUUUUUGGAACAUCUUGAUCCGGUUGGCAUUAUUUUUAUAUAGUUAUCUUGAUAAAUCAGAGGAUAUGCAAACAAGAGCUACAACUUUAGUUGCGUGUUAAACGAAUUUUAUAUAUAUAUUGUAAGUUGAUAUAAA